AUGGGGCUCAACACGGAGCGAAAACACGUCUCAUCUCCUUCUUAUCACCACACGGACUGGCACUCACCUCCGGGCGGGUAUGGAAGCUGCUCCGGUCCAAACGACAUCUCCGUCUGCCCGGUGCGUCUGCCCGGUGCGUCUGCCCGGCGCAGAGGACAUCCAGCGUCAUCCUCCACAGUUUUCUCUCGUGUCAAACUGAUCAACAGCUGCCUCGCUAUUUCCACUGCAGUCCAGUACUGCCCUUUACCGUUCCGUAACGGGCCAGAGUGGGCCAGAGUGGGCCAGAGUGGUGAGGAGGUGAGGGACAGGAGGCCCCUGGACUCUGUGGAGGAGGUGAGGGACAGGAGGCCCCUGGACUCUGUGGAGGAGGUGAGGGACAGGAGGCCCCUGGACUCUGUGGAGGAGGUGAGGGACAGUAGGCCCCUGGACUCUGUGGAGGAGGUGAGGGACAGGAGGCCCCUGGACUCUGUGGAGGAGGUGAGGGACAGGAGGCCCCUGGACUCUGUGGAGGUGGUGAGGGACAGGAGGCCCCUGGACUCUGUGGAGGAGGUGAGGGACAGGAGGCCCCUGGACUCUGUGGAGGAGGUGAGGGACAGGAGGCCCCUGGACUCUGUGGAGGAGGUGAGGGACAGGAGGCCCCUGGACUCUGUGGAGGAGGUGAGGGACAGGAGGCCCCUGGACUCUGUGGAGGAGGUGAGGGACAGGAGGCCCCUGGACUCUGUGGAGGAGGUGAGGGACAGGAGGCCCCUGGACUCUAUGGAGGAGGUGAGGGACAGGAGGCCCCUGGACUCUGUGGAGGAGGUGAGGGACAGGAGGCCCCUGGACUCUGUGGAGGAGGUGAGGGACAGGAGGCCCCUGGACUCUGUGGAGGAGGUGAGGGACAGGAGGCCCCUGGACUCUGUGGAGGAGGUGAGGGACAGGAGGCCCCUGGACUCUGUGGAGGAGGUGAGGGACAGGAGGCCCCUGGACUCUGUGGAGGAGGUGAGGGACAGGAGGCCCCUGGACUCUGUGGAGGAGGUGAGGGGACAGGAGGCCCCUGGACUCUGUGGAGGAGGUGAGGGACAGGAGGCCCCUGGACUCUAUGGAGGAGGUGAGGGACAGGAGGCCCCUGGACUCUGUGGAGGAGGUGAGGGACAGGAGGCCCCUGGACUCUGUGGAGGAGGUGAGGGACAGGAGGCCCCUGGACUCUGUGUGGAGGAGGUGAGGGACAGGAGGCCCCUGGACUCUGUGGAGGAGGUGAGGGACAGGAGGCCCCUGGACUCUGUGGAGGAGGUGAGGGACAGGAGGCCCCUGGACUCUGUGGAGGAGGUGAGGGACAGUAGGCCCCUGGACUCUGUGGAGGAGGUGAGGGACAGGAGGCCCCUGGACUCUGUGGAGGAGGUGAGGGACAGGAGGCCCCUGGACUCUGUGGAGGUGGUGAGGGACAGGAGGCCCCUGGACUCUGUGGAGGAGGUGAGGGACAGGAGGCCCCUGGACUCUGUGGAGGAGGUGAGGGACAGGAGGCCCCUGGACUCUGUGGAGGAGGUGAGGGACAGGAGGCCCCUGGACUCUGUGGAGGAGGUGAGGGACAGGAGGCCCCUGGACUCUGUGGAGGAGGUGAGGGACAGGAGGCCCCUGGACUCUGUGGAGGAGGUGAGGGACAGGAGGCCCCUGGACUCUAUGGAGGAGGUGAGGGACAGGAGGCCCCUGGACUCUGUGGAGGAGGUGAGGGACAGGAGGCCCCUGGACUCUGUGGAGGAGGUGAGGGACAGGAGGCCCCUGGACUCUGUGGAGGAGGUGAGGGACAGGAGGCCCCUGGACUCUGUGGAGGAGGUGAGGGACAGGAGGCCCCUGGACUCUGUGGAGGAGGUGAGGGACAGGAGGCCCCUGGAUUCUGUGGAGGAGGUGAGGGACAGGAGGCCCCUGGACUCUGUGGAGGAGGUGAGGGACAGGAGGCCCCUGGACUCUGUGGAGGAGGUGAGGGGACAGGAGGCCCCUGGACUCUGUGGAGGAGGACCGCUCCGGGCCUCACCCAGAGUUUCCUCUGGCUUGGCCCUGCCCAGGCAUAGUUCACCAUCUUUUGGGUCCUAUCGCUCGCUCAUGCUCCACCUUCACCUCCCGACGGAGCAGGCAAAACGGGUUAGGACCAGUUAG